AUGCCGGUUUCCCCAGCGAACUUCAUCCUCAUCUUUCUCCUCUGCCAGCUCAUGGGACCCACAGCCUCUGGAGCCCAGGAGGAGCUGGUUGGUGGCGUUGGUGGGUUUGUGAUUUUCCCUCUGACACACUCACAAGAUCGGAUUGACAGCAUUAUCUGGUUCUUUGGACGCACUACUCUUGUCACCAUACAGCCAGCAACGACAAACACAUCAGACACAGUCAUAGUGACUAACCGCCAUAACCAGGAAAGGGUAGCCUUCUCACGCGGGAACUACUCCCUGAAGCUCAGCAAACUGAGCAAGAAUGACUCGGGUGACUACGUAGUUGAGAUACACAGCUCGUCCCUCCAGAAGCCCAUCAUCCAGAAGUAUGGGCUGCGGGUCUAUGAGCACCUAUCAAAGCCCAGAAUCACCUUGGGUCUGCAGAACAAUAAAAACGGCACCUGUGUGGCCAAUCUGACAUGCUUCCUGGAACGGGGAGGAGAGGAUGUGACUUACAGCUGGAAGUCCCUGGGGAUGACCUCCAACAAGUCCCAUAAUGGUUCCAUUCUCCCCAUAACCUGGAGGCAGGAGGAAGAGGACAUGGCCUUCAUCUGCAUGGCCAGGAACCCCGUUAGCAGCAACUCUUCAAACCCCAUCUUUGCCCGGAAGCUCUGUGAAGGUGUUACUGGUGACCUAGAUUCCACCAUGGCCCUGUGGAUUACCUUACUGCUCAUUGUCCUUGUAUCAGUGUUAAUUCUUUUGACUACAUGGAGACUAAGAGUAAAAGAAAAGUCCAAUGAAGAGAAGAGAACGGACAUGCAUCUGGAAAUUCUUAACUGCUAUCCCCCUUCUGGAGAGACCUCAGAGUAUUAUACAAUCUCUAACCGAAAUACAACUAUUCCAGAGGAAAAUUCAAUAAAUUCUCUUUAUUCCACAGUGCAAAUACCCCUAAAGGUGGAGAAACCUCACUCACUGCCCACAUCGCCAGACAAAUCAACGCUAUUUACCUAUGAGGAAGUCAUCUAA